AAUGGGACCCUCCCUCCAAAAAGUCUAUCGGAUUUUUGUUCAAGAAUGAAAUCUUAUUGGAACUGUCCAGUUCACCCUUUGGAACCAUAUCACAUCCUCGAUAGGAUGAAAUAGGAUGAAUUGAGACGGUAUUUUGUAAGUACAUAAUUAUCUUGAAUAAAUUCACUAUUUCUUUCUUUUCCGAUCGCCUGGAAAAAGCAAGAUGUUUCUUUUGUUCUUUUUUCAACAAUUUCUGAUCUCUAGUAGACCUAUCAGUAGGAUUCGAACCCAGAUGAAGUUCUGACCAUCUGUCAGAGAAAAAAGAACGAGUGGCUCUGUAUCAAUGGAAUCUCAUCAUCCAUACAUAACGAAUUGAUGUGGUAUAUUCAAAUCAUAACAUAUGAACAGUCAAAACUAGUAUUUUAAUUGAGACUAGAACUCAUAGGGAAGAAAAUAGAUUUAUGAAUGGAAUAAAAUAUGCAGUAUUUACAGACAAAAGUAUUCGGUUAUUGGGGAAAAAUCAAUAUACUUUUAAUGUCGAAUCGGGAUCAACUAGGACAGAAAUAAAGCAUUGGGUCGAACUCUUCUUUGAUGUCAAAGUAAUAGCUAUGAAUAGUCAUCGACUCCCGGUAAAGGGUAGAAGAGUACGACCUAUUAUGGGACAUACAAUGCAUUACAGACGUAUGAUCAUUACGCUUCAACCGGGUUAUUCUAUUCCACCUCUUAGAAAGAAAAGAACUUAAAUCAAAAUACUUAAUAGCAUGGCGAUACAUUUAUACAAAACUUCUACCCCAAGCACACGCAAUGGAACCGUAGACAGUCGUCAAGUAAAAUCCAAUCCACGAAAUCAUUUGAUCUAUGGACAGCAUCGUUGUGGUAAAGGUCGUAAUGCCAGAGGAAUAAUUACCGCAGGGCAUAGAGGGGGAGGUCAUAAGCGUCUAUACCGUCAAAUUGAUUUUCGACGGAAUGAAAAAAACAUAUAUGGUAGAAUCGUAACCAUAGAAUAUGACCCUAAUCGAAAUGCAUCCAUUUGUCUCAUACACUAUGGGGAUGGUGAGAAAAAAUAUAUUUUACACCCCAGAGGGGCUAUAAUUGGAGAUACCAUUGUUUCUGGUACAGAAGUUCCUAUAAAAAUGGGAAAUGCCCUACCUUUGAGUGCGGUUUUGAUUGAUCAAAAAGAAGAAUCUACUUCAACCGAUAUGCCCUUAGGCACGGCCAUACAUAACAUAGAAAUCACACUCGGAAAGGGUGGACAAUUAGCUAGAGCAGCUGGUGCUGUAGCGAAACUAAUUGCAAAAGAGGGGAAAUCGGCCACAUUAAAAUUACCUUCUGGGGAGGUCCGUUUGAUAUCCAAAAACUGCUCGGCAACAGUUGGACAAGUGGGAAAUGUUGGGGUAAACCAGAAAAAUUUAGGUAGAGCCGGAUCUAAAUGUUGGCUAGGUAAACGUCCUAUAGUAAGAGGAGUAGUUAUGAACCCUGUAGACCAUCCGCAUGGGGGUGGUGAAGGGAGGGCCCCAAUUGGUAGAAAAAAACCCGCAACUCCUUGGGGUUUUCCUGCACUUGGAAGAAGAAGUAGAAAAAGGAAGAAAUAUAGUGAUAAUUUGAUUCUUCGUCGUCGUACUAAAUAGUAGAGAAAAUAGAAAUUGUUUCUUCGUCUUUACAAGAAAAAGGAGUAAUUAACUGUGACGCGUUCACUAAAAAAAAAUCCUUUUGUAGCGAAUCAUUUAUUAAGAAAAAUAAAUAAGCUUAACACAAAAGCGGAAAAAGAUAUAAUAUUAA